CACCACGUGAUCUAGCGUGACAGCGUUGUUCACGUGAUCUCAUCCGAAGGCAACGAGAAGCCAAAAUGUCGUCGCCGACUCCUUGGCUAAGGACGGAGGCUAUGUCCUCAGUCGUGUUUGCCCUUCUGUUUCUUAGCGCAACCGGUGUCCGUGCGGACAGUUUGACAGUUCUGCAGGCUCCAGACUUUGUGUCCUUCCAGAAAGGAGACUGGCCCAUCUCUGGCGAGAAGAUCCCUGACUUGGUGGCCCUCACCAUGGGCUUCUCUGUUCAAGAGGAUCUAUUUUGGCCUGGCCUGCAAGCGGGUCCGCUGUUCCAGCGUCCCCGCGCCAACGUUUUGGUGGUGGUCCAAGGAGUUGAUACCCUUACUUUGCCUCAGAGUGUGGCCACCUACCCCUUGGAGAAUCCGGUGCCAUUCACUUUAGAUGGCGUCGCGGAGACGGUGCACUCCCUGUUUGCCGAGGACACACCUGUUGUGUUGCAGCUCGCGCCGAGUGAAGAGAGGCUUUACAUGCUGGGCAAGGCCAACGCUGUGUUCGAGGACCUGCCGGUUACCUUACAGCAGAUCCGAGGCCGCCUGUCCCAAGAUGGCUCCGUGCUGACGACUCUGCCUCUCAACUCCCUCAGCAGGAACGCAGAGGCUGAUUUGCUGUUCCUGUCCGAGAUCCAAGUCCUGCAUGAUAUCACAGCUCUUCUGCAGCGGCACAGGCACCUGGCCAAGGACCACUCGCCAGACCUUUAUUCUUUAGAGUUGUCAGGCCUGGAGGAAGUGAGUCGCAUCUACGGACAGGACUCUCCUCAAUAUCGUGACGCCAUUGCCAUUCUCUCCUCGGUUCUUCAGAAGUUUGGACAGGAUGUGUACGGUCUCUAUGGUAACAGUGCUGUCGUGGAGGUCGUGACGGUGAAGAACUUUGAAGCACCUCUCACCAGGAAAUCCCGCUCCAUUCUGGAAUCCAGACAGAUUAGCAACCCGGGCAGCCCGUACAACUUGGCCUACAAGUACAACUUCCAUUACGCCGUGGUCUUCAACAUUGUGCUGUGGCUGAUGAUCGUGCUGGCGCUUGCCGUCAUCGCCGUCAGUUACAACCUGUGGAAUAUGGACCCAGGCUACGACAGCAUCAUCUACAGGAUGACCAACCAGAAAAUCAGGAUGGACUAAAAAAAAACGGACCCUCAAGCACUCCAUCAUCCCCUUAGAUCUCGAUAGUAAUUGUUAAGUACUUUGUGUUUGUGCGGCAAUUUACAACAUUGCUGUGAUGAACGUGAAUAUCAACAUUACAACACAUCAUUCCUUCUAAGUGAAGCCUCUUAGUGUUUUUGUAAUGCAUGUUCAUGUUUAAAAGUGUGUGAAUUUGUCAUGUUUUAAGUUAAAUGUAUAUGUAUAUAUUGAAAAUACAAAUGGAAACUGCUGUAGUCAUUGUGAAAAGAUUGUCAAUAGAUGUUUAUUGCUUGAAAUGAUGCGACCAUUAAUUGUAAGCAUUAAAUAAGUAUGUGCGCUUUAAAAUAGCAAAAUUAAUAAAUUAUUGUGGGUGUUACAAUUCUUGCAUAUAUAUCUUGUAUUGCUGAACUAGUGUUUUUAAUGAUCAGUAUGUGUGGAUGCCAGUUUAUUUUACUUUGGUUAAAUGGCUACCGUGUUCAUAGUUGACGACUGCGUAAAAAUUCUACGUUAUGAAUACAGAGAAAUGAGAACAAAAUAAUAUGGCGGUAACUGAAUUUCUUAAAAUGUUUACCGAAUUAAAAAGUUUUUUUUUUAAAAACAAACUUUAUUUACACAAAAAACACAUAAUGGGUGAACAAUUCACAGACAACAGAUUUACAACAACAAAAUAAAUAAAAUGGUCGGGUUCAUUUUUAAUACAAGCCGUACUGUUUGCAAAGUCUUUUGGUCCUUAUAGCUUUGGGAUUCAAAGAGUAACUCAAGUCGUCCAAAUAUAAAGAACACAUUUUCCCAAAGACAUGAAAAUUUGGUCUUUUUUUAAACAUAUUUUACACAGUGAAUGUGAAAUUUUGCC